GGCGGCAACAAUUGUCUUUUGUUUAUCAAUAACCGAGUUUUAGAAAGGCCGAAUAUUUAAAAAAUUAACAGUACGCUUUUGAAAAAAGUUUAUAUUUUUCGAGACGAGGAGAUAGCGCGCUAAUGCUGACAUGGAGGCUAAAUUAAAGUCUGCUCUAGGAUUAACAUUUGUGAAAAGCAAAGGAACAAAAGCUGGAGGAUGCAUUAGUGAAGGCAGAGUUUAUGAAACAGAUCAAGGAUUAAUAUUUGUAAAAGUCAACAAUGAAUCAAAAGCAAUUACUAUGUUUGAAGGAGAAGUCGAGAGCUUGAAAUCUAUUUUAGAAACAAAUACCGUAAAAGUGCCAAAACCUUUAGAAGUUAUAAAAUUAAACUCAUCUGGUGCUGCUGUUGCCAUGGAAUACAUUGAUAUGUCCGGCUUGUCAAAAUAUGCAGAGUUGCUUGGAGAGCAAUUGGCAAAGAUGCAUUUGCAUAAUGCAAGUUUAAAAUGUAAUGACUCUUCAGUUCAUAAAAGCAAGAGUGAAAGUCCAGUUCAUAUUGAUCAGUUUGGAUUUCAUUGCACUACUUGUUGUGGUUACAUUCCUCAAGUGAAUUCUUGGAAAAGUGAUUGGUUUGAAUUCUAUGCUCAACAAAGACUUGGUCAUCAACUUCAACUAAUUGAAACAAAUUUUGGAGAUCGAGAAGCCAGAGAGCUGUGGUCAGAAUUGAGUCUUAAACUAUCUAAAUUUUUUAAAGAUAUUGUUGUAGUGCCAUCUCUGUUACAUGGUGACCUGUGGAGUGGUAAUGUAGCUGAAAUUAAUGAAGGUCCAGUUAUUUUUGACCCUGCAUCUUUUUAUGGCCAUUCAGAAUAUGAACUUGCUAUUGCUGAUAUGUUUGGUGGAUUUCCCAAGUCGUUUUACAAUUCCUAUCAUAGUGUUCUACCAAAACAAAUAGGAUUUGACAAAAGGAAAGAUGUGUAUAAACUAUUUCAUUGUUUGAAUCAUUGGAAUCACUUUGGAGGAGGAUACAGGAGUUCGUCAAUUUCCAUUAUGAAACGUCUUUUGAAGGAUGACUAACAUAGAAAAUUGCAAAUUGAAUUUAAUUGAUUUUAAAAACUAAAAUGUUGCCAUAUUUAUCAUGUCUUUGUGAAAGUAAUCCUUGUAUAUAUAAUUAACAUUCCAAACUAUAUGUUGUACUUCAUUAGGAUAAAUACCCAAUUGAAUUUCUCACAAGUGCCAGUAAUAUAGUUUAGUUAAUUUUCAAAUUAUUUCCAAAUGAUUUCUGAUUAUGUUGAAGUGUUAAUUUCAUUUUCUGUGAAUUAUUCUUCAUUCAUAUUUAUCCUUAAUUUGAGUUCCCUUUGAUGUGCUCCAAAAUUAGUGAUAAUAAAGAAAAUAUUUUAGUAAUAAAGUAAUGAGAGUAUUGUUUUUAGAAGAAGCUAUAAAGAUGUGCUUUUUCAACUAUAAACAAAUGUUUUCAUUAAUUUUAUUAUGCAUAUAAAGUGAAAUUUGAAUUUUUGUAAAAAUAUACCUUUCGCACUUAAAGUGCAGAAAUGCUUUUUGAUAAUGUGCCUUUUAUUCAACCUAUAAAUAACUAAAUCUUGAACAAUAUACUAUAAGUAAAGACAGCACAUUUUAAAAUAUAAAUUUUUAUUAUGAAUGUGAUAUUUUAUCACUCUAAAUACUGUAGUCUUCGUCAAGCAUUAAGAAAAAAAAAAUCUCACAAAAAAGUAGCAUUUCUUAAUGUAUCCUUUUCAUGUCAGUGAUGAGCAUGCAUAACACAUAAAAAAUAAUAUGUUUCCUGUAUCUGUGAGUAACUGUAUAUAGUUAUUUUUUAUUUCACCAUUAAUUUUUGCAUAUUUAAUGUAUUGCAACGUGAUUAGAUUAUAAAAGAUCUUUCCAUAUUUAGAGAUGACUUUUCCAAAGUGUGCAAGUUUCAUUGAGGGCUCGUCUCUAAUGCAAAAAAGUUUGUUGCCUCAAUGAAGUGACAUUAGAGAUUUAAGUUUUACCAUAUUUUUGGGAAUAUGCCUCACACCCAAAGUUAAGCAAUUAAAAACCAAUAUUAAUUAUUAAACUGGGAUGCAAUUUAAACAUAUUAUAUGUUCUAAAGGAUUUUUUUUUCUAAUCAUGUUCCUGUAGAUUGGGACCGUAAAGUCACUAACUAGAAACUUUACCGAAUUUUGGAUCAUUACUGAAAACUUCAACAUAGUGGGUGUAAAAUCAUGGAACAAUUCCCUUAAUGGAUGUUUCAAAAAGUUAUGUACUUCUGUUGAAAUAAUUAUCGUUAUAUACUUGCUUAAAUUUCAGCAAUUUAGUUUCAGCAAUUAUCAUACUUAUUUAUGAGAUAAAAGUUCUGAAAUAUUUUCCCUAACAGCACGCAAAAAUCUGAACACAUAAAUAUUAACAUGUGACACAUUUUAGCCAAAUUUUAUAUUUCUUGUCCGUUAGUCAAAGACUAAUGGCAAUAAAAGUUGUAAAAAAUGCAAGAAACACCAAAUUCUUUUUUUGCCUAUUUUUUGCAUAGUUUAUCACUUGGAAAUGAACUUUUUCAAAAACAAAACACUUGAAGUAAUGCUAAAAGAAGUUAAAUAGGAAAGUAUGAUUUGAUAUUAUUUCAAAUUUAAAACAAGCAUAAAAUCGAAUCCCAGAAACUAACCCAUUUCAAAAUUCAGGAUUGCAGUACUAAAACCUUUUUGACACAAGAUAUGGGGUUGGGCACGUUUAAAAUCAGUUUUGAAACAUGUUCAUUACAAUUUGUUUUCCUUUAAAAAGAAAAAAGUUUAUUUUCUCUCAAAAGCAGAAAACAGUUUUGACUGCUCUGACUUUAGUUUAAUGUAGUGCUAGUGUCAUAUUUAGCUGAAACAGACAAUCGUUUCAUUUGCAUUAAAAACUGCGAUAGCUUUUUUUUCUCAUGAACUCGAAGAAUUUAUGAUCUGUUAACUAGUUUAACAAAAGGAACUCAAACACCCAUUGAUUGCGAAUAUUUCUGAACAUAGUUUUAAUUUCUUCUUAUGCAAGGAUUAGUUAUGAUUCAUGACAAUGUUUAGGAACCAUGACACUGUUUAGAGAACUUACUUCAGUUUGAAAAUUUUUCAUUAUCUUAUAAAUAUUUCAUUCAUUUUAACAGGAAAUACAAACCAGAGUGUUUAUAGUGAUAUGUUUUGACACUUAAAAUCAAAAAGUGCUGGACAUUAUUUAUUUAAAAUUUAUAAUAAUAUUAUUUUAAACAACCCAUCCAUUUUGUCAAAUUUUGUUAAUUAUUUAUUAUUUUAAUGCUCAAAUCAAAAUAAUUUUGUUUGUGUGUGUGUGUGAAACAUUUAAAGUUUUUCAAAGCUAUUUUAAUGUUUUGAUUGAAAUGUAUGAAACAUCAAUUUGUCAUGUGUGUAUUGUAAUUUCAAUCAAAU